UUUGAAUUUAGUUGAAAUAAGUGACAAAUAUGGUGAGGGCUAAGGUUUAUAUACUCGAUAGACAUUUUGAUGGAUGGCCAAAAGAUGGCGACCUUAAAUUGAUUGAAGAAGAUUUGCCACCUUUAAAAAAUGGAGAAUUUCUUGCCGAAGCAGUUUACUUAAGUGUUGAUCCAUAUAUGAGAGCUUAUGAACCUGGUUUGAAAAUUGGACAAACUUUCAUUGGAUCUCAGGUUGCUAAGAUAAUAGACAGCAAAAACCCAAAAUAUCCUGUUGGAGAGCAUGUUAUUGGUCAAUUUGGUUGGAGGACCCAUACAAUAUCUACCGGGGACGUACAAGGAACUGUAGGUAGAGGAACAGCUCCGCGAUUCGUAUCAAAAAAACUGAAAAAUUUGCCUUUAUCUCUAGCUCUUGGAGUAGCUGGAAUGACUGGGAAUACUGCCUAUUUUGGUUUUCUUGAAAUUUGCAAACCUAAACCUGGAGAGAUAGUUGUAGUAUCUGGGGCAGCCGGAGGAGUAGGCAACCAAGUAGGUCAAAUAGCGAAAAUAAAAGGAUGCACAGUAAUAGGGAUAGCAGGAUCUGAUGAGAAAGGUAAAUGGUUAACAGAAGAAUUGGGAUUCGAUCAUUUCAUCAAUUAUAAAACAGAUGAUAUUGCGGAAAUAUUGAAAAAAUUAGCACCAAAUGGAGUGGAUUGCUAUUUCGAUAACGUAGGAGGAAAAAUUAGUUCGAUUGUUAUUUCCCAGAUGAAUGUCUUUGGAAGAGUUUCAAUAUGCGGCACCAUAUCGGGAUACAAUGAAAAAUCAGAAGCACCAUUCAUUGGCAUGCACAUAUUUGACAAACAAAUAAGAAUUGAAGGUUUCUUAGUGACUAGAUGGGUGGAGCGAUGGAAUGAAGGGAUUGAACAAAAUAUAGAAUGGAUAAAGAAUGGGAAGCUCAAGUAUCGUGAAACCAUUACAGAAGGAUUUGAAAACAUGUUUAAAGCUUUUUUGGAAAUGUUGAAAGGGGUCAAUGUAGGAAAAGCUAUUGUGAAAAUGUAAGCGAACCAUAAAUAUUGAACAAUAUGUUGGUUGUUUUUUUCAAUCAUUAAUAAUACAAGGAAACCAAUAAGAAUAAAUGAAUUGUAUCGAAAA